ACCCGAGCGAUGGCUCCCUCGCGACGAAGACAGUGGUGCCUUCGCGAAGACAAUGCCCGAUCGACAGACUCAAUCGUGGCUGCAGUGCAAUCGUCUCUCCUUCUUCAUCGCGAUCUUCACAUUCCAUCAUUUCGCAAUAGCAUCUUCUCUUCCUGUUGCAUUCAACCUGCGUUUCAAUGCUUGUGUAGUGAUAUCGCUUCUGUGGCUGUAUCAAUCGCGAGCUGUGUUCUGUCCACCAGAAAUGAAUUGCUAGUGCGAGAUUCGAAAUCUCUGUGCGCUGAUUUGAAUUGAGGUCUGGUCUGGUCUGGUCAGCGGAAGUGUGGCGAAGCGACAAUGAUGUCGCAGGAGGAGCAGGAUGCUAGGUUGCUGCAGUGGCUCCGGGAGGAUCACAUUCAGGUGGAUAAUUUGUUGCACUGGCUCCACGCUCAUCACGGCCCGGGUCCGCCUUCUGUCGCGCAGGAUCAAGUAACGAAACUCGAUGCUUUUACGAGUCAUCUGCAAUGCGGAGAGCAAUUAGCAAUAACUACUCCUCAAUCUUUUGCUGUAACAUUUUUGAAUUGUGUCCGAGCGGAAGUGCAACCUCUCUUAGCAAUCGCUGAUACCAGCGGGGAUGUGGUGGUAAAAUCUUCUGUCCAACCUACUCAAAGCAAAGAGCCGGAAACCAAGCCGGACGUGAACGCGUGUUUGGAGGUUCUCAAGUCCCCAAAGAUUGCCAUUGACAGUGUCUCAAUUUUCAAUGGGAACAAAGUAGUUAAGGAUAGACGAAAGUCUACCGGUACGAUACUACAAGCCAUUCAGGAGCCAAAGCGUUUGGAUAUGCCAAUCUAUGAUGACGACUUUCCUGCUCUUGGAAAUGCGCCAAUUUCGAAUGCGAAGAAACAAGUUGCUCAGCUAAAGCAGAAACGGAGGGUCACGCCUACUCCAAUGGUGAAUCCUGUCGUGGAUAGCGCAUUCAUUUUGGCGAAAGUGGAGGCACCAGUUACUGCUCCACAACAUUAUGCCAACAAAUCCAAAUUACCUGGUGCAGGACCAGUGAAAGUGGAUAUGGAUGUCCUCAUGCAAAGGUGCGAGAAAACUCGGAAACAAAAACAGAAAGAAAAACCAGAGGUCCCGAAGAAGGAAAACCUGAAAACUUGGAGCUGGGAUAAGUUUGAUUCACGAUCAGCAACAGGUUCCAGUCGGGAAGCAUCUGUGAAUAAUGUAGUUACUGAUCCUCGAAUUGAAGUAAAACUUGCAGGUAGCAUGGAGGAUGAUCACGCCGAAAGAAAAGACAGUGCCUUUCCGGUCUCUACUCAUAUCGUGCCAAGAACGAAGUCCAUCUCAACUGGUUCUACAAAUAUUACAACUGUAGACAAUGAACAGACAUUUUCAGAGUCUAAGAGCUCCAUCACAGAGCCUUUACCCUCACAUUAUCUGUCGAACACAAUUAUUAACUUCGCUUCAGUGCAUGCAACUCUCAUGGUUGCUAAAUUGGUUCCAUCCUUGCUAGAAGAGCUCCAUUUUCUUUUGCAACUUCUGAGCCUGGAGCCUAUAUUUUGUGGAACUAGCUCUGGUGGUUCGAAAAGUGCGCAGAACUCAUCAACCGAGUCCAAAAGUGAAAAGUGCCCUCUCUUUGCAACUGGUGAUGACUGUGCUGGCUAUGCUACGUGUGUAUUGGAACAAGCAGGCCGCAUAUUGGAUUGUGUUGGAGAACAGAUGCUAGUGGCACUCAUCGAGGAACCUGCCAUAGCGCGGCACUCUCCAACUCUUAUGGUGCGCUUGAAAGCGUCUCUUGCAGACCAUCAAGCUGCAGCACUUAGAAGUUUUAAGGCUUAUGAGACUGCUAGCCGUAGCAAUAAUGCGCCUGAGCAGUCCCACACGACGGGUGCAGGCAGGCUGACGCCUGGCUUACCUGUAUCCCUUCCUUUUCAAGCUGCACGGGAUUCUCGUAAUAUUUUCAAAACACAGGAGGAGCAGAGGGCUUACAACAACAGGGAACACUGUCGUGACCAAUUUUAUGCAAUUAUAAGGGAGGCUGCAUCUGCUUACAGUGCAUUUGGCUGGAACUCAACUGGUGCUGAAAGUGACGGAUAUUUAAAAAUGAAGGAUUCUGUGAGGAAUUUCCUACAGGUUCUGCUGGUGGAAAAUUAUCCCUGGUUUGCUGAGUUGUUCCUGGAGCAAGUUCUGCAGGUUUCAAACUGCGGUGAAACAGAUCCAGAGGUCACCAAUCUCGCCAGACAAGAUCCGGCGAAGCUUCAACGUCUGCAUGAUCGGUUGACAUCAACCAACACUGUUCGACUUUCUGCUGCAUCACAGAAGCAAGGGGGCAGUGGGUUGGGAAAUGCUGAUAGCAGGCUUACACUUUCGCCUGGUAGUCCUUGGAGCAAAGUAAAAAGCACAGAGCAGAGGUCACUGUUUACCAAGAACGGGUCAAACAAUGAGCUUCCUAGUAAUAGCGUCCAGGUCCUGAAUAAAGGCAGGAGCACUGUAGGAAACGGGAGGGAUAGGUCUACUGAUCUUGGGAGUACAUUUUCAAGCUAUUUUCCACAAUCCUUGUGCGUAUACGUAUGGUUUCUGGAGGCUGCAGACAGUCAUCGACUCAACACUCAAAUGAUGUGGAGCAUAAAGGGCAAAAUCACCAUUUUGACACAAUUGCCUCCUUAUUCCCGAGAUGCUGCUGACAUUGGUUCAGGCUUCACCGAGAGAGUACUUGCAUUAAAGGCACUUGCUGGACUUCUUGGAUAUCUAUUUGUUUCUCCAGGUGCUGGCGCUCGACCUCCUAUUCCAGGCCCUGGUGCUCACGACAAUGUGGGGAACACGCAAUGGGAUGUAACACGAUCAGAACCCCCUGUGAAUAUACCAGCAGUUCUAUCGAAAGCUCAGAUCGAAGGAUCUGUCCUUCUUAACCUGCCGUGGGUCUUGGAAUUUCUACGUUUGCUUAAGGCAGACUGGCUAGCAUUAUCUCAUCCUCAAUUCCAGACUAUUUUGUUUUCCCUUCGGGAAGUGUAUUUGUUGCCAAUGCUGAACCCUUUGAGCGAACAGUUCGGGGUAGGAAGCAUUUGCAUCCUAGCUUCCUUGGAUGCUUUCUUUGAGUAUAUGGACUUAGCCCCUCACAACAGCGAGUGGUCUAAAAAAGAUAAAACAAACACAAGCCCUGUGCAACACAGAGAGGUUUCAAGUGUUGAAGGUGAGGAUACAAGAAGACUGUCUGAGAUUCAAGCAGACGAACGACCCCUUACCUUCAAGGGCCUGGAUACAAUGCUGGGAAUCAUUGAUUCCCGUUACAUCCAACAUUGCUGCCCCUUGCUAAUGGAAUUGAGGGGUGUUCUGGUUGAGGGGAAGAAGCGAAGGCUAAGACAGCGGGAACCAAACUGGCCCGAAAGCCCUGGAUUCGCACGAACACGAACAGUACGGAAAAUUACUCCUGUGCAGCGGCCAGGGCCUUCUCAAACCUUAGAUAUAUCAAGUAAUUCAGCUAACGGAGAGAGAAUCACCACAGAGCAUGGCUUUGAAUCACAAGACGAUCAGCUGAAGUUGAAGCUUCAGCGCACAUUCUUAGAACAACGACCACAGUUACGAAGAGUGGUUGAUUUUGUUGUUGACACUGCUGCUGGCAAUGCAGCCCGGGCUGCAGUUUUGAAAUUAGUGCCUCCUGCUCUCCAAAGCGCCCAGGAAAAGUUACAGAUGGUUCUUAGAGGUAAGGGUGCAGAUUCAUCUCCAGCAAGUAGUCCAUCGUGGAGCAAUAGCAAAGGCAGCCAAGUGGAAGCAGCUGUUGAGCAUAUCAUUACAACCACGAUUCACCAGCUCCUCGGUCCUGCUUUGGACUAUGUCAAGGGACACGCUAAAGAUAGAACAGCUGAAGCUUUGGCGGCGCUUGCUGAUCCUGAUGAAUCUUCUUUUGUACUUAGUGUGGCUGCAGGUAUUACAGCUGAGACUGCAGGACAAGCAGCUUGUCAAAAAGCUCUGGCAAGUAUUUCUGGAGAGAUCCGGAAGCGAAUCACAGAUGAUGUGGAGGCUUGGCGAAGGAAGAAGAUGCAAGAGACUCUUGGAGGAUCGCCAACCAACGGAAGCAGGCGAAUGCGGGCUCAAUCUUGGCCUAGGGCUGCUAUGCAACAUGUUCCUGCAGAAUUUACUCAUCAAGUAGAUAUUGGAAGUGUACAAGAAGCUUCUGAUCUUUCUGAUGCAGUAACCACUGCAGCUGUUCCUACUCCUAAUGUUUGUGUCUCUAGGGAGCCUGGAGAUGAAAAUUCACAUUCCAAAAGCAGCAGGUUUGAGGGAAGUCCGCAUAAGGUCAACACUGAUCCAGGAUUCCACUUGAAUGGAAUGCCAAUCAGGUCUUCAAUGCGGACAGCUAAGGCUAGCUUGGCCGUUAAGCGUCAGCUCUCCUUCUCGCUAGAGCAAACGAAUGAAAAUACAGAAUCAGCAAAUGGCGUUAAAUUGAACUCGGCUGUUAUUAAGGGCCAAAAUGAAACUAGAGAGAAGCUGGCGAAUGGCCUAUCACAGCUGAGAGAACUUGCGUCUGAGGAAUUGCAGAGCAGAAGAUGGUCUUUGGGGUCUUCUUUGGAAGUGAUUGGACCAAAGAGAUCUGACAAAUUGUCCGGUUCGAGAGGAACUGAAGUCGAGGAAGCUCACAUGAGAAGGUGGUCUGUGGGAUCUUCAUCUGAAGGAAAGGGACAGAAGAGACAUGAUAAAUUUUCUAAUCACUUGGAUAAAAUGGAAGAGCAAAAUGUAAUGAUUGGUCAUAUAAAUGAUGAAGUAGUCGUAGAGUUGACGGGUUCACGAAUGUUUUCUUCUAGGAUUGUCGAAGCUUGUAGCAAUGCUCGCCAUUGCUGCUCAGAAAAACCCUUCAGAGAUGAGAGUAGACAUUUUCUACGCCAGCACCUUGCAAUCAUUUGCAUUUCCAUGGAGGGUCUGCUCUCGCGAAUCGAAGGUGCAACACCUACAGGGGGUUUUGAUGCCUUGGUCUUCAAUCAAGAUUCACACUUGCAACGUGCUAGGCCUUGUGGAGCACCGGCAUCACACUCUGUUAUUAGUGGUACAUCCAAGAGCUCAAAGUUGCAGCUUCAAGUGGAACGUGGUCUAGUUCGGCGAUCUGUGGCACUAGCAGUUCAUCUGCUUCUAUGGGACCCAAGUGCAGUGCUGGACUCUUCUUCUGGUAGUGAGGUGCCUGGGCAUGGUGCGACUGAACAGGAUUACACUGCCUUGAGCAAUGAAUUGAGUUCCUCAUCUGCUGAGUCUAGAGGAGAGAUGACAGAAGGCUCGGAUGGUUGUGGGCUCUUCUGCUCUCGAGAUAUAAGUUCUCCUGGAUAUUGCCCGGAAGCUGAAUGGACAAUUUUGCAUACACUGAUGGUCACCUGGAAGUUGUUGGUUGAAGCUGGGAUAUUAUCUAAAGAGUUUCUACUACAAGAGCUGCUGAAGCCCUGGAGAUGGAAACUUGCCAUGACCUCACAACCUUGGCAGAGAUUCAUCGACGGUUUCUUUGAGGAUUGGUCAGAAACGGUGCAGAAAGGAAUUGCAUCCGUAUUGAUAGGCUUGAUUGGAUCUGGGAAGGAGGCAUUUUCUGAGAAGCAUGAGAUACUUAUUUGUACCUUUGUUAAGGUCAUGUCGGAGAGAAACAUUUUUUGCGAGAAUGGAGUGAUUGGGAAGUCUAGAGACACUCCCUUAACUACAACUAUGGGCCUGAAUCGGAGUGGUUAUCUGUCGAUGAGCAGUGUUAGAACAAAGCAAGACAGAUUAGCCAACAGGACGGAGACCCUUGCGGCUGGUUUAGCUUUGCUCAUCCUUCAACACUACUUUCCGGAAGUAUGUUUCGAUGAAAAUAGAGUUGAAAUUAGCCAGUCCUUCAAAGACGCCGAGGGGAGCUUCAUCUCCUUGCGGAAAUUGGUACAAGAACUUAUUCCAAGAGUGUCAAUGUCAUAACGUCAGAAUAGGAGACUUUUUCUCUUCAAGUGUACUAUAGUUCAAGCCUGUCCAAGUAGCAAUAUUAUGACUCUGUAGAACGCAUCAAGUUGGAUUCGUAUAGACUUGUUGCUUUUUCGGCAGGUAGACUUCUGACUUGUCAGUAGUAACUGACGUAGAGCUGUUCCCGCAGUUGCAGAUCUGUACAUUGCGUACUAUUAGAAUCUGAUCAGCUGAUUAUUGAUUUAAGUCCAGAUCUUAGAGUUGAUAAAGUUUUAUUGGUGAAGGGAAUGAAAUGGGCAGGAUUGCAUCACCGAUCUACUUAAUCACCAUUCCUGCCAAAGUAGGAGAUCCACGAUGCUUAACAACCGAUGCAAGCUUUCUAAGGAAAAGUUUGUGAUAAGCAAGAGAGAUGACAAGGGCAAUCCCCACGAUUAUAUUCACGUUUUUAUCAUCUGGUAGUUAGGCUUGAUGGGUGAUCUUAGCAAUAUCGUUUUAUUUGAGAUCAGAUUACGCAUCAAAUCUCCAGAGGACAGAGAUGUGUAUUUGGAAGCUCUAGGGUGUAGACCCCCUGCUUGGUACAUGCUAUCAGCAACGACACUGGGACAUUUUUGUAGUAUUAUAUUAAAUAUGUCGCACAGUUCAAUGUUGUAUUUAGUAACA